GACAUGGUUAGCAACAAUACUCAAGUAGAGAGCAGCAUUAAAAUGAUGCUCAGCUGAUUCUAAGGCAACGUUUUGACAAUGUUUUCCAUCGUCCAAAUAUGUUCAAUUUCCUGUUUUUAGUGGACAGCAGUUGCAGCCGACAUCCUGCACAUUUAGAGAUUCUAUUCUGCUAACCUUGCUUAAAAAGAGUGGUUGUUUGAGUAACUGUUGCUCUUAUAUCAGUCCAAAACAAUCCAGCCAUUCGUCCAUGAAUUCUCCCUUCAAACAUGCUUUUUUUAGAACCACAGCUGACGGGAUGCUUUCUCUGUAAACUCUACCGCUAGUUGUGCAUUACAUUCUCAAUAGAAUCAGCAGUUUCCAGAAUCUAUAAAACAUCCCAUAUGGCAUCAAAAACCAUGUCAUGAUCAAAAUGAUUCAAAUCACCUUUCUUCCCUCUUCAGAUGCGUGCUGAACUCCAAUCUGUCUGCAGUGAGUUUCUGCCACGUGACUGGCUGAUUAGAUAUUUGCUUUAGCAAGCAGUUGAACAGGUGUACCUGAUGAAGUAGCCGGUGAGAGUAAGGCUGAAUCCCAAACCGCCCCCUACACACUCCCCCUACACUACCGAGUGUCACUCCAAAAGAAGUCACACUCGCAGCUGUGGAGGGCACCUAUUAUUGAAGGGGGAGGGUAUAAAUACGAUCGUCAGGAAUGGGGCGCCCUGUCGCCUCACUGGAAAACGGAAGACGUCAUCGCCAUGGUAACACAAAGACGCCUACUGUGCAUGGCUGUACUAGCCUAGCCAUGCUACACCCAUGUUUCUGACGGCACAAGGGUCUAGGGAAGCUCGACAGGGAGGGAGGCGGGCUAAAAGGUUGUCUAUCAAAUCCCUCUGCAGCAAUUGGGUAGGUAUACAACCAAUCAAUGCAACGAAUAGGCUGAUGUAGUUCCGAGAGCACCGGCGGAUUGUGGCUAAGUCCCAUUAGCUUCCCAACCAGCGGAGCCGCGGAGCCGCGGAGCCAACUGGUAUAUUAAGGAUUUGCCAUAUCCCGUCGGCAUAAGUCCAAAUACGUCUUUCUUCUCAAUGAAACACUUAAGUGCCGUCCUUUGUUUAUCUUUCAAGUUGAAUUUUAGCUUCAAAUCUUUAAGGGCUGUGGCCAAAGCCGAGUCGAAAGAUAACUGUUUAUUGUGCGCCGGUUGUUUCUAUCAGAAUCGUCACGCCUCUGUCGUCACUUCGUUACGCCCGCCUUGUGACUCUACACUUCAUGGUGAUUGGUCUGGCCAGUUUUAGGGGAAUCCAGCCUCGAGCCUUAUGGAGGGUAACUAGACCCUCCCUGGCAGAGAAUUAAAUUCGUUGCCGUGGGUUGUCUAGCGCGGCUAGGCUAUGACUGUACCGCUGUGGCACAGGUUGCAACUAACAAGGAUCGCUGCUGCUUCCAGAAGACGAAAGCAUCCCACUUGUUUUCACUCACAUUUUUUCCAAUCCUAUUGUCUGGCAUUUCAAAUCCAACAAAUGAAUAAAUGAAUUCUGUCAGUUGUGUUCAAAUUUUAAGGUGUCAGGGGGUGCACAAUUAAAUGAAACGUCAGCAGAGAAGAAGAUUUGUUUCUUUUGAUUUAUCUUUUUUCACCACUCUUUUUGUGAUGUUCUGUCAGUGUGAAAAAGGCAUGGGAGAAAUAAUGGACGCAUGUGGAACUCACAUCAAUAUGUUCGUUUCCUCCUCCAUUUCGACGUUGCACUUCCUGAAAAAGUUGUCCAGAGUGAGCAUCGAUGCAGACUCGCUAUUUAAGGGCUGAACAGUCCACUCUCCCUCCGCACUACGCGGUUUGGGACGGCCCUUAAUAUGGAGGACCCUCCGCGGGAACGCGCAAACGGAGGGGUAGUGUGUAGGGAUAGUGUGUAGGGGGCGGUUUGGGAUUCAGCCUCAGUAUAUCUUCUCAGGGAUUAAAUAGCUUCCUAAUGAGCUUUCACUAAUGUCCAGGCUUCAGUUAAAGGAGACCUUUUUGCUGCUGCUUCUCAGAACAAUGUCAAGACAGCCCCAGCACUUUAACUAGAAUUGUUAUAGACCCUUUAAUGACCCACGUCACGAAUGACGUCACAGCUUUAGCUGGAGGCAAAAGAGGAAGCCCGCGGCCGUGACCGAAAGGCGAAAGACUGAGGGACUAGGCUCUAUCAACUUUUCUAAAAUGUCGUCCUGCUGUGUUUUUGGAUGCCAGAAUAGGAGGAAUGACAUUGGCGAACGCAAAUUAAAGUUUUAUAGGAUUCCACCGAACACUCUGCUCAGAGGGAACGAAGACAGUUGUGGUUAAAUGCACUGAGGCGAAAAGACUGGACAGAGACGAUCAGCUGCAGUCAAUUCCAGCCAUUUUCAGUACAAAAAAUCGCUAAUAUUCUAUUUGUAAAUAAAAAUAUGACGAGAAAUACAGGGAAUAUUGGACGCGCAUCGCGAGGUGCAUUUCCUUGAAAAUGGCCGAUUCGUGGAUUAUAUACCGACUUCAAGACAUGUUUUGGACAAAAUAGUUGACUGGCUUUGUGUCGUCUGGAUGUCCAAGGUCGGAUUAUGGCCGUUUUUUGUGGAAUAUUUUCAUCUGUGUGUAAUAAUGAACCCGCAAAUGUGAGUCGCGCUGUGUACUUUAAAGCCGUGUACAGAGAAAGGAUGGAUGGAUAUUCGUUGUUUGUCGGAAAAUUGGGUUUAUAUUACCCGCUGUGGUAAUCACAUCUGAAAGUGGUUUAUACCGGCGGAUUCAUGAGAAUCUAAGCUUUCCAUCGGCGUAUAGUGUUUAUAUAAUCGCGUUUGCAGCCUUCGGACAUUCUUUAAAUUCCUAUGCAAAUUAGUAAGUGUACCGCCGGCGGGACACUGCAGAUUAACGGGUUAAAAAUGCUCGAGUUUGCAGCGCAAACUAUAUACAGUCCCGCUUAACUUCUCGCUCCGCUUUUGCCUCCAGCAUAAGCCCCGCCCACAAAAAACGUCACAAUGUUUGUAAACAAAUAAAGGGUCUAUUAAUUAUGCUUUUUUCAAAAUUGUGAAAUACUGUAAUUGCACAUACACAAUAACAAAAUAAUUGAAUAAAUCUUACAUUUGGAUUUUUUUUUCUAUUUAAAUAACAUGCAUUUGCACUUGUACAUGAGAAUAGAGUUACUGUACUUGGCUGCAAAUAAAAUUUUUCAAAUAAUCAUCAAGCUCAACAACUGCCUACAGACCUGGCAGCAGCAUGCAAACAAAUCGGUGAACCGCUGCGGCCUGUCAAACCCCCACCCUUGUAGCCACCAGUACCACCAACCCAGCUUUGAGGGGGAUUCCAGACACUUCCACUCUAUGCCAAACGCCGUGGAUUUCCUGCUACCCAGAAGAAGUCAAAACAUGAUAGCAUUCUCCAGCUCUGCUCCUCUUCUGGGCCCUCACAGCAGCAGCACCAGGCACCACUACCAGUGCGUCAAGAGAAAGCUGCGGCCCGGUCGAAUUCUAGGUUUUGUCAUCAGCCUGGCCGCUGUCUGCACAGUCUGUUCAUGGAGUGCCUUGUCACUGGUCACAACAGUGGCCAACGAGCUGGAAUCGGCUGAUAAGGGCUCAGCAGGGGCAGCGUUACCCCAAAGAACUCUCCUGCAGCACCGCAACCUCUCAGCAGCACAAGAGGACACACCACAGGCCAUGGAAUCAUCUUCUGUGCUAGAAAUGAAUCAUGGGGACUAUCCAACGGACUACUUCAGCGUGGAUGAGAGACGCCAGGGCUUUGUGGCGUUUCAUAUGUUUGGCAUGUUGUACAUGUUCAUAGCCUUAGCCAUAGUGUGUGAUGAAUUCUUUGUCCCCGCGCUCACUGUCAUCGCAGAGAAGCUGGAGAUCUCUGAUGAUGUAGCAGGAGCCACCUUCAUGGCAGCAGGAGGCUCAGCCCCAGAGCUCUUCACCUCUGUCAUAGGAGUCUUUGUCUCCCACAGUAACGUGGGAAUUGGUACCAUUGUGGGCUCUGCUGUCUUCAACAUCCUGUUUGUGAUAGGGAUGUGCGCCCUGUUCUCCAAAGAGGUGCUGAACCUCACCUGGUGGCCUCUGUUCAGAGACGUGUCGUUCUAUAUCAUUGACUUGCUCAUGCUCAUCUAUUUCUUUCUGGAUAAUCAAAUCACGUUGACGGAAACCCAUGCCUCCUCCACCCAGCUGCCUCCCAGGGUGUCUCCAAACCACUAUGAUGCCGUCAGUUCUUAUGCAACCCCAGCUCUGAUUGUAGAGGGGGAAAGGCCAUAA